AUGUCUCCCGGAUGCUUUUCCGUCUGCUCUUGGCUCGUCCUGUUGCGUGUGAUCCCCGGCGUGAAGUCGUGUCUGCAGUGCGAUCUCGCCGUCCGUAACAUGCACGACGACUUCAUGGCCACUAAGCAGAAACUGACUGUACAAGAGCAGAUAGAUCUGAAGAAAAUCCUCUCUCAUGCCUACGUCACCUACCAGGACACUAGCACACAGCUCUCCGGGGUCAUCGAUCUCACUACUCUAUACCGAGCACAAACCGAGUAUCAGAGCGAGUUCAGGAGGCACUGGCAGGAGCCAAGCACCGGUUCUCUCCAAUGGGAUAUGAUAAAGAUCCUGGAGAAAGGGAAAAGGAUCCUGAAGAAGCAUCUAGAAGUCUUUGUAACUGAAGGACUGUGUCCAAAUAAAUGCGGUUUAUUAUUUCAAAGUGUUAUGAACUGCUCUUCCUGCCAGUAUGGGCUGCACAUAUGUCAGUCUGAUACACCCCCAAAGGAAUGUGGAGCCCAUCGUCUGCUAGCAAAAGAGGGCGAGCAGGCGGUGUUGGAUUGUUUUCUCCCGUGGCACACUUUGGUUGUAGGACAUGCUGAAUAUCAUUACUCCUGGAAAAGGGGAGCCACAAAUUUUUCAGCCGAGGACGAGUUCGAGAUCCUGGUGGUGACGAAAGAUUCCAAAAUUGUCCUGAACCAGCUGAGCAUGAGCGAGCAGGGAGUAUAUCGCUGCUUCCUGCUGGAUCGACACGGCACUACACUCUCACACACACACUUCAUCCUCACCGUCACCCCCAUGCCCACUUCACCUCCAAGACAGAUCCCCACACUUCCUUCCCUCCCUCAGGUUGAAGUGAAACAUGUCCGGCUUCACAAAGACACUCUGAUUAUCGCUCUGGCUCUUCUCGCAGUCCUGAGCAUCUUGGGCAGCCUGUCCAUCAUCCUGCACAUUGGCAGGAUGAUGGUGAGACGGCAGAAGAAAGCUGAAGAGGAGGAUGGAGGAGAGAACACAAGAUGGAGGGAAAGAGACAGGAUUCUACACGAUAUAUGAAAAUGGCAACACGUGGAUAUUACUUUUGUGGCAUUUAUUGUGACAUGGUUAUAAAAUCUACACAUUUUUUUCUCAGAACAGUAAUCAGAAUGAUGUUUUUGAAUGCAUGUCUAAGUGAGUGAGGUAAAUCUGGUACAUUCAGGAUUUUUUUUUCUAGAAUUAAUAUCCCCAGCCCCCUGGUUAAUCCCGGGGAUUGUCUACUCUUUAAAUCCAGCCGCAGAUCAAACUCUAAAUCGCUUGUUUUUUCCCAGAACUUCCCCCUUUUUUGCAAAUCAGCGUACUCAACCGCCAGAUUGUGUGUGGCUGUGGCACUUCCUGUUUUAUCAUGGCCUAUUUACAGAGCCCAGUUUAGAGCUGAUUCAGUCUGAUUGUCUGAAUGUUGCUGAGUUAGGGUCACGGUUGAAGGGCAUCCUGUCUGCAGAUUAUUUCCGUCCUAAUCUGAAAUGAAGAUCUGGACAGUUUAACAGUUUUAUUUUUAUCCUUAUUUAAUUGUAAUGCGCACAUUUGGGCCCGUGGAAUGACGUAUGAAUGAAUCUGUGUGUGAUUCAUGAAACUGCUGUAUGACAUCAAAUUAAGAUGACACCAUUUUAGGGCAAAUAUUUCAGAUUCAGCAACAUGGACACAAAGCUUCCAUUUACUGCUGCCUUAUUAAUUACGUCGGGCAUGCCUUUACGCUUACACUCCUAUGCCAUCUAAUGUAGACGAAACACAUCCCUUGUACAUCCCUCGGUGAUGUAACACUGAGCCAGAAUGCAGUUGUCCAUAAUGUUCGGAGAGAAGUAUUUAUAAUUUAGAGUAGAAUAGAAAUAAUUAAUGAAUGAUAAAUAAGCUAAAACCGAUCUCUUGAAACCUAUGGAGUUGUUUAGGCACACAAAGAUCAUUCUGAAAGUCGUUUACGGAAGAUAUUUAAGGUCUAAAUCAUUGUCCAACCUCACCAACAGAAAGUGAAGUGAACCUGGAGAGAAAGUGAAGUGAACUCUAGUUUUAAACUCAUUUCAGUACUCAAGACUAUCAUUACUUCCAGGUUUAUAGAUAUCUGUGUGCCAAAAUUCCAUCCUGUACAUAUAGGUAUCAAAAUUAUAAAACAGACUAGCAAAUUGAAGAGAAUUGUAUUUCAGCAACAAUAUGAAAUUAUGCAACGUCUAAAAGACAUGCUAUGAUAUCCAAGUAAGGGAUUAGUGGUUAGCAUGUUUGCGUCAUGCCUCCAGGGUUGGAGAUUUGCUUCCUGCCUCCAUCUGUGUCCUCUGUGUGCUUCGAAGAGAUUGAGAGAGAGAGAGAGAGAGAGAGAGAGAGAGAGAUGAUCAACUGAUCAA